AUGUCGUCAAUCUACAAGGCAUUCGACCGUACGGUUCGAGACCUGUACGUUUCCUUUUUUGUGCUACUUCGCGCCAUUGUCCGAAGCGGAGCCUUCCCGCCCAAGCGUGAGGUCAACAAGAAUGUGCUCAAGGUGCCUGAUGCCGAGCGCAAGGCGCUGGACGCGACGACCAACGAGCCGUGGGGGCCUCACGGCCAGCUGCUCGUGGACCUCGCGCGGGCGUCGCACAACCCGAUCGAGUACUCCAUGGUCAUGAACGUACUGUGGAAGCGCUGCCAGGAUGUUGGCAAGGACUGGCGCCACGUGUACAAGUCGCUGGUGGUGAUGGAGUAUCUGGUGGCGCAUGGCACAGAGCGCGUUGUCAGAGACCUCCGCGACCGUUCUGCCUUCAUCCAGAGUCUGGGCGAUUUCCAGUACAUAGACAGCGCGGGCAAGGACCAGGGCCUCAACGUGCGCACCAAGGCGCAGGCGCUGCUCGCCCUGCUGCGCGACUCCGCUCGCAUUGCUGAGCUCAGGGACCGUGCUGCUGCCACCCGUAACAGGUUCAAGGGCGCGUCAGCAGCGGGCACGGGGCGGGCAUCGAACCCGUAUGGCGACUACGAGCCCGAGAGGCAGUCCAGGGACUCGCACCCCACGGCCAGCUACGGCAGCAACAGCUACGCGGGCGAGGCCAGGAGUGUGUACAGCACGGGGUCAGCAGAGCGGGUGCACUCCACAGGCAGCGCACACAGUGGUGACGGCGAGAGGCCCAGCGGGUACACAGGCAAGGAGAGGUACAGUGGUGAGGAGGACGUGGAGCACAGCAGCACGGGGGGCGGUGGGGCGAGGGCGAGCGGACACGAGGGAGGAGGUGCGGCUGGCAGCAGGGUGGCAGGCAGCAGUGCUGCCGGGGAGGGUGUGGCAGCGGUGCAGGUGGGGGGCGGUGGGGGUGGUGGGGCCGGUGGGGGCACGCCACAGAGUGCGCCCAGGCCUGCUGCUGUGGCCAGCACUGCAGCAGCCAGCGCCAGUCCGUUUGAAGAGGAAGGCUUCUCUGCAAGCAGCGCCUACGGCCCAGGCCCAACACAGCCCUACACCUACCCGCCCUCCGAUGCGCCUCCGGCUGCUGCAGCCGCUGCUGCAGUUGCUGCGGCGCCUGCAGCGGUGGCGUCCGGUGGGGGCGGCGGGGGCUUUGACGAUGACGACUUUGACCCGCGCUCCGCAGCGCAGCAGCCAGCGCCGCAGCACUGGCAGCCCGCACCUGCUGCAGCCGCUGGAGCGCCCCCUGCUUUUGGGGAUUCGUCCUUCCCAGCCACGUUCUCACAGCAACCGCAGCAGGCGCAGCAACCAGGGCACUAUCAGCAGCCACCUCAGCAGUAUCAGCAGCCACUUCAGCAGUAUCAGCAACCACCUCAGCAGUACCAGCAGCCACCUCAGCAAUAUCAACAACCACCUCAGCAAUAUCAGCAGUCACCUCAGCAGUAUCAGCAGUCACCUCAACAAUACCAGCAGCCACCUCAGCAAUACCAGCAGCCACCUCAGCAAUACCAGCAGCCACCUCAGCAAUACCAGCAGCCGCCUCCGCAGUAUGACCAGCCUCCUCCACAAUACCAGCAGCCACAGCAGCAGCAGCAGCAGCAGCAGCAGCAGCAGCAGCAGCAGCAGCAGCAGCAGCAACCAGCAGCGGCUCCCACCAGCCCCCCAGCUGGUGCUGCAGCAGCAACGGCCUCUCAGGAGGGCUUCCAAGCUUUCCCACCUGAUGCCCCUCCUCCCUACUCCUUCUCCUCCGAGCAGCCCCCACAGCCGCAGCAGCAACAGCAGCAGCAGCAGCGGCAGCAGCUGGCAGCAUCUGGCUACACAGACCCCUCCCAGCCUGCUGCACCCGCACCAGCUGCUCCGUAUGCUUUCUCUGCCUCAGACACUGCACCCACCCCCGCUGCCGCUCCCCCUCAUCCCACUGCCCAUCACCCUGCUCCCCCUGCCUCCGUGGCUGCACCUGCUUCUGCUGCCCCCCCUGCUGCUGGCACCAGUGAUAGCGGUGCCAUAGGAGGAGAGGGCAAGUCCAGUGCGAGUGGGGGGGCGGGUGCGGGAGUGAAGAAGUCGAGUGUGUUCUCAGACGUGCUCAGUGCCGGCCUCGUGGACCUCAACAUCUCCAAAGAGCCGGACGACCCUUUGAGCUCGGUGGGCGUGAUGCCCAAGUCGAAGCUGCGGUCGGCGCGUGAGCGCAAGGAGGACGCCACUCGCCAGCAGCACCAGCAGCAGCAGCACCUGGGCCUGGGGCAGGGGCAGGGGCAGCAGGGGGGUGUGCCCGCUACCAUGGGCCGUGCCAUGGGGCCUGGCACUGGUGCUGGUGCCGGUGGCAUGGGUGUGGGGGCAGGCAUGGGGGGCAUGGGAGGCAUGGGGGGAAUGGGAGGCAUGGGAGGCAUGGGGGGAAUGGGAGGCAUGGGAGGCAUGGGUGGUGGGAUGGGAAUGGGAGGAGGAAUGGGGGGGAUGGGUGGAAUGGGUGCCAUGGGCAGUGGUGGUGGUGGUGGCUAUGGUAUGCAGGGUGGUGGGUACGGGGGAAUGGGGAUGGGUGCUGGGGGGAUGGGAGCGAUGGGAGGGGGCAUGGCAGGAAACAUGGGCAUGGGAAUGGGAGGUGGUGGAUAUCCAAAUCCUCAAGGUGGCUAUCCGACAGGUGCCGGUAACUACCAGCAGCCUAGUUACCAGCAGGGCAAUUAUGGUGCUGCAAAUUAUCAUCAAGGCGGUGGUUACGGCUAUUGA